CCCUGCUUGACGCGCAGUGGUUUGGCCCAGCGGCGCAUGUGAGUAGUAGCGCUGAAUGAAGGGCGCAUGCAGCAGAGUGGGAAGGAGCGUCAAGUUUGUGGGCUCGUCUCUUACGCGAUUUUUGUUUUUAUGUUCGGGGCUCCGAAAACAUGGAUUGCUUGCUCCUCGUGCUGCUGCUCGUCCCCGCCAGCCACGGCGUGGAAGAGAUUCUCAUGGACUCCACGUUUGCCACGUCCGAGCUUGGAUGGCUGGCUCAGCCAGGGAACGGGUGGGAAGAGGUGAGCGGCUACGACGAGAAAAUGAACGCCAUCCGCACCUACCAGGUGUGCAACGUGUUCGAGCCGAACCAGAACAACUGGCUGCGCACCGACUACAUCGAGCGCGGCGGCGCCCAGCGCGUCUACGUCGAGAUUAAGUUCUCGGUGCGCGACUGCAGCAGCAUCCCCAACGUGCCGGGCUCAUGCAAGGAGACCUUCAACCUCUACUACUACGAGGCCGACGGCAACACGCAGGGCAACGGCGGCGGCCCACCCUGGACCGAGAGCCUGUUCGUCCGCGUGGACACCAUCGCGCCCGACCAGAGCUUCUCCGAGGUGGACAUGGGCGGCAAGGUGCUGAAGAUCAACACGGAGGUGCGCAGCUUCGGGCCGCUGACGAGGCGCGGCUUCUACCUGGCCUUCCAGGACUACGGGGGCUGCAUGUCGCUCAUCACCGUCAAGGUCUUCUACCGCAAAUGCCAGCGCGUCGUGCAGAACUUCGCCGUGUUCGGAGAGACGCUCACGGGGGCCGAGAGCACGUCGCUCGUGAUCGCGCGGGGCACGUGCGUGCCCAACGCCGAGGAGAACGACAUGCCCAUCAAGCUCUACUGCAACGGCGACGGCGACUGGAUGGUGCCCAUCGGGAGCUGCACCUGUCGCUCCGGUUAUGAGCCCUCGGAAUCGCGCACGACUUGCAAAGCGUGCCCUUCGGGUACUUUCAAGGCGAGCACCGGACUGGGGUCCUGCCUGGCAUGCCCGGCCAACAGCCGCACGCCGGGAGAGGCGUCCAUGAGCUGUGUUUGCCGCAACGGGUACUACCGGGCAGACAAGGACCCCGCGGAGACACCCUGCACGAGCCCUCCGUCCGCUCCGCGGGACGUGACGGCCGUGGUGAACAAGACGUCGCUCACCCUGGAGUGGGCCCUGCCGCGCGACCUCGGCAGCCGAGACGACGUCCUCUACAACGUGGUGUGCCGCCGCUGCACGGACACGCGGCGCCUCAACUGCGGCCGCUGCCUGGAGCCCGUCGAGUUCGUGCCGCGGCAGCAGGGCCUCACGGAGACGCGCGUCUUCAUCAGCGGGCUGCUCGCCCACACGCCGUACACGUUCGAGAUCCAGGCGGUGAACGGCGUGUCAGAGCGCAGCCCCUACCCGCCGCAGUCGGUCGCCGUCAACAUCACCACCAACCAGGCCGCCCCCUCACAGGUUCCCAUAAUGCACCACGUGAGCUCCACGAUGAACACCAUCAAGCUGUCGUGGCCUCAGCCCGAUCAGCCCAAUGGCAUCAUCUUGGACUAUGAGCUGCGCUACUGUGAAAAGAAUCAGGACUUCCACAACUCGUCCACUGUGAAGAGCCAGACGAACACGGCGGUGGUGGACGGGUUGAAGCCCGGCACCAUCUACAUGUUCCAAGUGCGUGCUCGCACGGAGGCCGGUUUCGGCAAGUACGGUGGCAAGAUGCUGUUCCAGACGCUCACCUCAGAAGACAGGGAAAACAUGAUACGAGAGCAGAUCCCACUGAUUGCCGGCUCAGCCGCGGCUGGGAUCGUCUUCAUUGUGGUCAUCGCCGUCAUCAUCAUCGUUUGCAGCAGGCGGAGAUAUGAAAGGGCAGAUCCAGAAUACACAGACAAACUUCAGCAUUAUACUGGUGGCCAUGGCCACAAGAUAUACAUUGACCCGUUCACGUACGAAGACCCGAAUGAGGCGGUGCGAGAGUUUGCGAAGGAGAUUGAUGUCUCCUGUGUGAAGAUCGAACAGGUCAUUGGAGCAGGCGAGUUCGGGGAGGUGUGCAGCGGGCGUCUGAAGCUUCCGGGCAAGCGCGAGAUGGCAGUCGCCAUCAAGACGCUCAAGGCCGGCUACACGGAGAGGCAGAGGCGCGACUUUCUGAGCGAGGCGAGCAUCAUGGGCCAGUUCGACCACCCCAACGUGAUCCACCUGGAGGGCGUGGUCACCAAGAGCCGCCCCGUCAUGAUCAUCACCGAGUUCAUGGAGAACGGAUCCCUUGACUCCUUCCUGCGGCAAAACGACGGGCAAUUCACGGUGAUCCAGCUCGUGGGAAUGUUGCGGGGCAUUGCGGCCGGCAUGAAGUACCUCGCAGACAUGAGCUACGUGCAUCGAGAUCUGGCAGCACGCAACAUCCUUGUCAACAGCAACCUGGUGUGCAAGGUGUCUGACUUUGGCCUCUCGCGCUUUCUGGAGGACGACACCUCCGACCCAACCUACACCAGCGCCAUGAGUGACGGAUUCGUGCGUCUUCGUUGCUGCACGCAGGGCGGGAAGAUCCCGAUCCGGUGGACGGCACCGGAAGCGAUUCAAUAUCGCAAGUUCACGACGGCCAGUGAUGUGUGGAGCUACGGCAUUGUCAUGUGGGAGGUGAUGUCAUACGGAGAGAGGCCCUACUGGGACAUGAGCAACCAGGACGUGAUUAAUGCCAUCGAGCAGGACUACCGGCUGCCGGCACCCAUGGACUGCCCGGCCGCCCUUCACCAGCUCAUGCUCGACUGCUGGCAGAAGGAACGCAAUGAAAGGCCCAAAUUUGGCCAGAUCGUCAACACCCUGGACAAACUCAUUCGCACGCCGGCCAGCCUCAAGACCGUCGCCUGCGUCACACCGGGUAUCUCACAGCCACUUCUGGACCGGUCGGUGCCUGACUUUGCCAGCUUUGGCUCGGUGGAUGAGUGGCUGGAUGCCAUCAAGAUGGGUCGGUACAAGGACAACUUUGCCAGUGCCGGCUUCACCUCCUUUGACCUGGUCUCCCGCAUGACUGCCGAGGACAUCUUAAGGAUAGGAGUUACCCUGGCUGGACACCAGAAGAAGAUCCUCAACAGUAUCCAGACAAUGAGGGUGCAAAUGAACCAGAUUCAAACGGUGCAAGUCUGAGGACAUCAAAGCGGAUUUCCUGAAAAGAGAAAUUUGAAGAGCCGGCGGAAAUCUGCUUUGUGCCACUGGCGGAUGCCACGAUGAGACACUUCCAAAAUCAAUUGCAGUACAUUUAUUUUGAUGUCAACAGAUGUGCCAUGAUGGGAAAAUGCACACAUCUGAGCUAAAGACAUUCACUAAAGCGUACAGAAAUACAUCCGGCUGUUAAACUGAAUACACUUGAUCACGUCACCGUUGAGAUCAUUCAUGAAGGCACCUGUGAGAUCAUAGUACUUGUUUUUUUUGUCCCAGCUGGAAAACAUCAUCUGUGCGGUCUUUGCUCAUUACGUGACAUCGUCUGGACUUUCUUUUGUGGUUAAUGUCAUUAGUGACGUUGAUGUGUGAUAGAUGUCAAGACUGAGAUCUUUCAGAAGAUUUCUUUACCAUCUCAAGAACCUUCCAUGUACAACCGAGAACUCUCAUUGGGGUUCUUUGGAGGGCGUUCAAAGUCACAGAUGCAUGUAUCAACGCUUUAUAAUAUUUCACCAAUAUAUAGGAAUUAAAAAUAAGUAAAAAAAAAACACAAAUAAGCCGAAAAAAUAUAACAAAAAAAUACAAAUGGUUUUGUUUAUCAGUCUUCAAGUUACUUGCGAGCAGGACACUUCAAUGGGACCUCUAAAAGACCUAAUUGUGGAAGGUCGUAGGUGAAGCAUUGUUUAAUGGUGUCUCCAAAGGACAAUUCCAGAGGAAGGACGUGCUGCUGUACGACACAGGAGCAAACGAGCGGCAACGUCUUCGCUGCACGAGUGCAUUGCGCGUGGGUGCACGGACGCGUACACGCAGGGGAGAAGGGUCCGCUCUGGCCGCGUUGGGCGUCAAUGCCGUUCCGCUAAACGUCAAUCCUUAGGCAAUGAAGCAAAGAGAGAUGCAACAACUCCAGAAACAAUGCUGUCCGCAGCAGCUGCUUAGAACUUGGUUGAUCAACUUCGCCGACAAGCGGCUAUUAAUAUUGCUGCCUAAUUAUUAUUGUUAUGAUCGUUUGGCUUUUGAGUUCAAGGUCAAACAUGUCACAACUGCACCAAGUCGUCGUCUCCUAGUUUAUCAUUGCGAAAUAAUACAUUUAGCUGCAGAGUUUCCUUAAACAUUAGUCUUCAUAUUGAAGAUCUUGUUUAAUAAUAUUCUUUUAGCUUGCUAGAUUUUUUUAUUUACAUUAUCUGUUACAUUUGAAUCAUAUAACUGCAGGAAAAAUGUUAUGUUUUAGCCUUUUAGUACUGUAUUAAAUGUAUUAUUUCUUGCACGUUUUUAAGGCACUGCGUUAUGUAGUGGCUGGUAUCAACAAUAAAACAAAUAUUUUUGUUCUGAAAACUCUUUACGUCCAAUUAAUAGCGAUGAGAAUAAAAUGCAAACGUUAUGUAUGUAUAUUUUCAAACAUCUGUCUUCGCAUGAAAAGAAAAUUCGCAGCAAGGUUCCAACGUAACAAGUACAAGGUUAAGAUGCCAAAAAUAUUAUUAUGCUUUGAUGCAUAGGAGAGGAAAAGAGUGAGAGCGAAAGGAUAUUUUAUCAGAGUACUUGGAGCUUAAUUCAGUAUAAUACCCUGCCAGAAGUAUGUCUAAUAAAAACACAUUGGUUUAUGUACAUUUUCCAUGACCGCACAUUAUUAUGAAGAAAAAAAUAUCAAUUGUAAAAAUAAAAAUGUACCCUCUGCUACUCAAACUUUAUCACACAAAGUUAUGAUAGUAUGUCAGUGUCCCCAGAAGGAUAUCACUGACUAUUCUGACCAAAUUGCGAAAAAAUAUUAUUCUAAAUUAUAAAAAGCUUAAACUGAUGCCUUCCUUCAAUUCACACUGAACUCUGCAAGCUUCUAGACGAGAAUGUUGUUGAAACAUGAACGAUGCUGACUGUGAGUAUGUAACAUACUCAAACGGCGUACCACAGAGCGGUUUAAAGGAUAGUCGCCUCAAUUCGUUAGUUUCUCAAUCUGCUUGUCCUGGCAGCAAAUUGAGUAGGGUGGUCCAGACCUCCCUUUCCCUGGCGACGAACUCCAGCACUACAUUGCUAUAGACUACUACACGAUACACUACACUAUACACUACACUACGAUACACAGACUCUAGCUCUUCCAUGGGGAAUUCCCAGGCGUUCUCAUGCCGGCCGAGCGACACCGUCCCACCAGCGUGCCCUGGGCCACCUCUGGGGUCUUUGCCCAUGACAUCUGCUAUGGAAAUCGAGGACACUGCACCGUGAAUGCGAGACAAACUAUGAAGGUUGGAUGUGGAACCUUUUUUGGUGAUUGAAUUCAGCAACCGUUACAAGUGCCGUCUUACGAUGGCCCUUGCUAAAAGUUGAAAAUAUAAUUGUAUCUGUCAAUUGCAGAUUUCAUUUACAAUUAUUCUGCAGCUGUAGGUUAACAGACAGACGGACAUGUGUAAUAAAACAUCCAUUAAUUCAAACAGAUUUUGGUUCUGCGUCUAUAUUCAGAGAAAACGUCACCGAGUACUCUCUGUUUUCAUGAAGGUUUUCCAUUGGAUCGACUGGACGUAAUCUUGGUUGUGCAGACUUUAAGAGAGAUGCCAAAAGUGGAGUGUCAUUUUCAGUUGUAAUUGAAAAAAAACUGUAGUGUUCAUAAUGUGUGCUGGUAUUUAACAAGCGUCAUCUUAAGCCGGGUCUUACACCUGAGCCAUCAAACAGCGCCAGUUGUUUGCGUGCAACUGACUUGAAAAUGCGUAUCUCUCCUAGCAAGUUGAGCAAACUGAUCGCUCAGAGUGGAGACCGAUUUUUCCGAUUUCAAGCGAUCUGCUCAGCGAUUUUGUUGAUCGCUCAGGUGUGGAGGGGGCUUUAGAGGGGAGAAGAGGGGGGGCUGUGCUUGGUUAUUCCUGCGAUAUCUCUCUGCGACCUCUGUAGGUUACCUACAACUGGAAGUCUGAAUGCCGAAUCGCGAUUUGGGUUAUUGCUCUUGUGCCACUUGCAAAUGCUUAUAUUCUCGCAAUAAUUUCACGGCUGUCAGUGUGUAUGUUGAUGACAAAUAAUAAUUUGUAGCCUGUUCUGUAGCUCAGAUUGACUCUUCCUUAGACAAAUUGUUAUUCUGUCCGAUAAUUUGAAUGACACAAGACGUUAGGUCUCAUUGGGGUUUAUUUUGUAAUAAUUUAUUUCGUUCAUAUUUUAGUGGCAAAUAUUUAGUUGCCUGUGUAGAUAAUUUCUGAAAUAACAAGAUGCUUUUUUUUAAUCUUGUUAUUUUUAUUUAUUUUUUUUGCCACUAACUUAUUUGUAACCUUUGCAUGAGGCACUGCAAGCGUUUUAGAGAAUCCAGAUUACAGCGUUUUUGUUCACAUGAAUAAAAUGUUGUAAGAUUGUAAAGAAAACCUAUCCAUAUGAACCUUCUCUGUGUUAUACUGUCAAAUAAACAUGAAUUAGGAAUUCACAAGUGUCAUUCCUAGGAUGUUCUCUACUGCCUUUUUCUCCACUUCUCAGACUUUGAGCACUUACAUUGACAAUGGCAAUUACAGCAACAACUCUAUGCCCUUUAGUUUUCCUUAUUUUUGCCCAAGCCAGUGAAUAGUGUAAGUUGUUUUCUUACCAAUGGCGUGUAUUUUAUUUAUUUAAUUUGGCUUUUGUGCCUGCUGAGAGCCAUCCAAGUUGACUUGUACUUCAGGCAAAUGUGAAACUUGACAAAAUAGUAGCCUGGCAAGUGACUUAUCACCCACUCUUAAAGUGUGACCCAUACAUUAGUGCACGGUUUCCCAAACUCCAGUCCACACGAUCCAUCCACUAUGCUACGUGUUUACCAAUUUACUCCCCAUUCAAAUACGAGUAAACUUGUUUCCACGCUGCACGGGCCCGAUGAUCGUUAAACACGGUUCCACGUGACACGCACAAAGCAAAUUAAGGCUGUUGAGGUAAUCAUCGGGCACGUGCGGCGUUGAACGAGUUUAACUUAUUUGAAUGGGGAAGCACAUUGGUGAAUGUGAGAGAGAAGUCGAGUGGUGUGGCUCGUAAGAGUUUUGAGAAUCCCUGCAUGAGUGGCUGCCAGCAACAUUUAUUGCUAACAAGUCUGUGAGGGAAAACCAUUAUGCAUGAGUUGCUUUGCCUGUCAUGAAAGUCACAUGCUCAAAAAACCGUGGUAGAUUAAUAAUAAUGAAGCGUUUGCUAACUCUUUUUGGAGAGGGAUUGGGGGGGGGGGAGGAAUUUGGCAUGAAUUAUUUUAUUUUUUUCAAUGUGUGUUUAUUAAAUUUUGAAUUAUAAUGAAAACUAAACAUGUUUUCGAUGGGAAAUGCAAGGUUGAUUCGUGAGGUGCAAAACUGUUCAUGCAAGUUAAGUUUUCUUUACAAAUUCAACAUGCCCUCAGUUAAAACGUUACACCAUUUGUGCCGUAUUUAGUUAACGGGAAUUCCUUGCAGGGAUCAAAAUGAAUAACAUAACAUUUACUGCAAAAUCGUUUAAUGUAUGUUACACUUGUACUUUUAAUAUGUGAGCACAUAUGAAUCGGUAAUCAUCUAAAAGUCUUGUCACUUUAAAGCAUACAUUACAACAACUUUAAACAUUUUUAAUCUUUUGUGUGCUCUUCGUAUGUAGAGUUUGAUCUAAAUGCUUGGGUGACAUGGCUGCAGUGUUAUACCAAGUGUGGCACACAGUGCUACAUGUACAUUAAUACGCCUUGAUCAAGUCAACUUUUUUAACGUUAAUCGUCAGUAUGUUAACUCAGUAUACCAGAAUGCAUUGCGGUACAGAAUCCUAUGUCUACCUACCAGUAGAUAUACUUAUUCACUUACCCUGCAAGGAUUGUCCCUUUCCCCAGCUAAGAAGUUUCGGUUUUUUUGGUUUGUGUGUUUUUUUUUGUGAGCUUUUGAGAAACGGUUGUGGGAAUCCCAUAGAAUCCUCUAAUGAUUAUAGUGUUGUCGUGACAACUGCGAAACCCUGAUCUAAAAUAGCUAAUAGAUAGUUGCGUACAAUUGGAAGCCCCUAAAUUGAGAGUAUGAAAAUCAUUAUAGAAAUAAAAUAUUACUGAAAGAAGGCCCCUCUGGUCAUAGAAGUCGUUUUACCAUACUUCACCAUGCUGGUCAUCGGCCGAUAAAUAAACUCCGGUCACCAGGUUCACAGGAAUGUGCACGAAACCACAGUGACAUUGUAAUUAUUAAAGCUUUUUUUCUUACAAUUCUUGUGGAAUCCAGUCAUGCAAAAGCCGUUCACUCUCACGGUAAAGAUGUUUCAGUUUCAUUUAUUAGGUAUAACCCUGUGAGCCAUGCGGCUUUUGACUCGGGUGCAGCUUCUCAGACGUCUAUGGGAAUCGACACAUCUGUGUUCUUAAAAUCUUUCAAAAAAAUCCCGAUAUUCCACGAGACAAUUGAAAGCUGGGAUUUUUUUUAAUUUCUUUUGUUUAUGCAGUGCUUGUUAUGAAAAAAAACUUUGAAAAAUGUAAAAGUCAAAACAAUGGAAGAGGAGAAACAUCAACAAUUCUAAGUGCAGAGGCAUUGACUUGUAAAUGUUGUACAUUAUCGUUAAUGUCAUGUUGUGGUAGUCAGUUUUUGGAAGGCAUGAUGUAUGUCUGUGUGUACUAAUUAUGAACUAAAGUCAGACAUUUGUGUUUUAGAUAACAUGGAAGUUCAGUGCACUGUCUUCCAAUCACCACUUGCUUUUAUGUACAAAAAAUAUAUGGUUUUAAAUUUUUGUGCACACAGUAUUUUUGCCCACAUGUUUUAAUUUUGGGGAUUUUUUUCUUCUGAUAUAUAUUUUGUGUGCGUGUGUGUAAUUGUUGUAAGUAUUUUUAAAAUAUUUGCUGCUUCCACAAACAUUUGUAGGAGUUAUAAAACUUUUGAAAUUUAAAAAAAUAAUAAAAUAAGUAAUAAAAAA